AGGAUAGUGGUUUGCUUUUGUUUGCUUUCUAUUUCUUACUUGAGUGGCAAAUAUAUUGGAGAGAGGGCAUCAAAAAGUAAUUUCUCCUCGGUGGCGUCCAGUAGGUGCUGCCGUUUUGGUGGUCCUGAAAAGAACCGUCUUCGAGAAUGCGAUAGUGUAGUAGUCAGCCCAACACUGGUAGUAGUCGUAGUAGUUGUACUCGUGUGCGUCGUGCGCGUCAGUGUCAGUGAGCGUCGUAAAACGUUAUGUUCGUUAUUGCGAUUACAAUGAAAGUGCGCGGAAACAACUAUUAUACGUUUGUUUAUCCAUGAAUUUCUUGACAACUAACUACCGAAACGAUUUUCAUAAAUCUUGUUGCGUUCGAUUUGUUAUCGUACGACUCGGGUUGUGAAAAAGAAAUUUUCAACAUUUGUUUCGAAGUCUCCGAGUUGUUAUUGUUGAAAUCGUACCAAUUCCUGUUCUGUUUUUUUACAAACCGCAAUGGAAAUACACUCGGAGGAAUUUGUACGAGAAUUCGAAAAGAGCGAGCUACCGGCAAACGAUGGUCUUAGGAAUGAUGAAAAUGAAAGUAAAAUAGAAAGUACGAUUCACAAUGAAACUCGUAACCUUAGUUAUGUCGCGCCGGGAAACGGUGCGGAACACUGCACGAACGAUCUUGUUGAUGGGACCGACAAUACAGCGACAUUCAAGAAGCCUGUUUCGGUUGGUUCGAAACGAAUUCGGUCGGAGUGCAAAGCUUCGAAGAUAUCAGAUGCAUCGUGUGCAUCAUGUUCGUCCGUAAAUAAGGACCAAUGUCCGGAUAGUUCGCAGCACGUACCUUUGUCUUACGUAGAACCGUCAUGGGGAGGAAAGCCGACAGUAGAUUAUAAAAUGGAAAUACUCAAGUCUGGAGUUAUUAUCGAAACGAUUUCGCUGGUUGAACACAGUUUUUACGUCGUCGGACGCUUACCCUCCUGUCACUUGUCUCUCGCUCAUCCUACUAUUUCGAGAUAUCAUGCAAUUCUGCAAUACAGAGCGAAAGCAUCGGAAGAAGACGAGGGACAUUCGAAAGGUUUCUACAUUUAUGACUUAGGGAGUACUCAUGGUACUUACUGGAAUGGCAACCGCAUAAAACCUAAGAUCUACGUGAGAUUACGAGGAGGCCAUAUGCUCGGAUUUGGUUGCAGUCAAAGAAAGUAUAUUUUACAAGCACCACAAGAGGAUCAAGAGGAAGAGUCUCCGUACAGUGUGACGCAGUUGAAGGAAAUGAGAGCAUCCGAAUUGGAAAAGCGUAUACAAAAAGCACGUACCGGAGAAUAUCGACCGGUCGAAGAGGAGGAAAGCGAAGGCAUCGAUUGGGGAAUGGGCGAGGAUGCGGAUGAGGAAACGGAUUUACAAGAGAAUCCUUAUGCUUGUAUCACGGAUGAAGAUUUGGUGUUGGAAGAUCCGAAAAAAACGUUGAGAGGAUGGUUCGAAAGAGAGGGAUAUGAUCUUCGUUAUCAAACGGAAGAGAAAGGACUUGGCCAAUUUCUCUGCUGGGUAGACCUUCCUAUGGAGGAUGUCAUCGGUCAUUCCCUCAGAGCGGAGGCCCUCGUAAAAGGUAAGAAGAAAGAAGCGGUUGUACAAUGUGCGUUGGAAGCUUGUAAAAUUUUGGAUAAACACGGACUGUUGAGGCAAGCAAAUCAUGAAGCGAGAAAAAGGAAGACUAGAAAUUGGGAGGCUGAAGAUUAUUACGACUCGGACGAAGACAAUUUUUUGGACAGAACGGGUUCGAUAGAAAAGAAACGGACACAAAGAAUGAAAUUAGCUGGACGAUUGGAAGAGAAAGCAGAGACGUACGAUUCGUUGCUCGAGAAGCAUGAACUAGUCGCGAAACGAAUAUCGGAGUUGUCGAAUUCGCUUGAAAAUUGGCAACGUAAAUUAACGAAUAGCGAAAACGAAAGUACCGAGGAGGAUGCUUUGGAUGCUUUCAUGUCGAACUUGAGUUCGAGUUCGUCCCUCCUGUCCAAAGACGAUGUUGCCAAAAUAAAGCUCGAAUUACAAACUCUUCGAAAAGAAGAGGCAAGUUUGAUAAAGUUAUUGAACUUGACGCGUCCAGCAAAUUUACCGCCGCUGCCUCUCUCCGCACACGAGAAAGACGAAACGGAAACAAGCGAGGCCAAAUCAACGGUGGUCGUCGCUCAAGGGGCAUCAUCCGAAAAGAACGGAUCUCAGUCAUCUUUGUUUCAUCGUCGAAACAUCAUGCACAAGAAAGAAACGAAUCGUGAUGCAGAUAGAAGUAGCGAAACGAAGGUUGUUGCAUCAAGUGCUGUUAGUGAUGAAAUAACGAAAGCGGAAUCGAUGGAAGAAGUGGACAACAGUGAUGACGACGACCAGUCGACUUCGACCGAUUCGUCGCACGCUUCGUCGAGUAAAGCACGAUCCGAUGCAGCGGCGAGCGUUGCUCCAAAAAGCUCUAGUAAUAGUGAACGCAUGGAAGAAAUUGGAAGGCGACAAGAGCAUUCAGUUCGAAUAACGAAAAAGCCUCGUCGAAAGGAACAAGAGAUACAUUGCGAUCAAGACGCAUACGCGGAUAAUUAUUCCACGUGGGUGCCACCAGAAGAUCAAGCGGGAGAUGGAAAAACGAGUCUGAACGAAAAAUACGGAUAUUGAAAUACUUUCGAACUGCGUUUUGCGUACUUCUAUACUCAGACAUUUCUAACGAACGAGUUGCAAAGUGUGGUGCUCUUAUCAUUCAUCUACCAUUUUUGCAACAUGUAAAUAAUACAAUAGCAACUUUGCUUUUAGUCUUUCAUUUUUAAUUUCCAUUCUAAUUUAUGAGAGCAAAAUAUAAAUACAUUUAUAAUAUGUACGUGAUAAUCUGUAAUCGCGAUGUACGUUGAGAAUAAACAACAGUCGCUACAA